AUGCUGGGCCGGCGGCGGGUCUUCGCGGUGGAGGCGCGCGGCGGCCCGGGUGGGGAUCUGGCACACGGAUGUGUAGUGCCUGGAGUCAUCAGCACCUACAGACGGAUCCAGGACACUGUUGAUUGGAGGUCAUCAGAUGCCCCCUGGAAUGGAGACAGCCAACCGAAAAGUCCUGGGAGGCCAGUGCCACUUCUGAAAAUGGCUUCCCAGGACUCAGGAGUGGAGAUAGCAGUUGGGCAUAGCUCUCUGGCUAUCUCACAGGGCCUUUCUCAGGACUCUCUGGACUUGGAACAUGCAGGGAGCUCUGAGCCCCCAGCCCUUACUGUCAUGGAGGCCCCAGCCCAGCUAGGCAGGCUUCUGGCUAGCCAUAAGCUGGAGCGGGUACUGGAGCGGUCCUGCCAGCUCCCGACUUCCCCUACCAGUUUGUCACAACAGCACCACCCUCUCCAGCUGCCCAGCCAGCCUGAGUGUGAAGUGUGCCCUUUUGGAGCAAGGGAACUGGAGGUCACUGAGGCAGAAGCUGGCCUAGAGGCAGGCCUGGGAGAAGCAGACAUGGUUGAGGGCUUGGAGCCUGAAGUCUGGACCAGCCUCCCAGGGCAGGGUCUUCUCUACCUAGAACACCUGUGCCUAGUGCUGGAGCAGAUGGCGAGGCUCCAACAACUCUAUCUGCAGCUGCAGACCCAGAGACCCGCUGAGGACCCUGAAGAGUCUGCUCCUCCUUCACCGUCACAUGCCCUAGGCAAUGAGGUGCAAUGGGACUUGCUGAGCCAGACAAAGGAGACAGGGGCAAAAGCAGCUUCAUUCCCAAAAGUGGGGAUGCCUAGCACCAAUCCUCCCAACCUGCCAGAGGCCCCAGCAGAGCCAAAUCACACCUUUCCUUCCUCCCAGGGCCACAAGCUGGAUCUCUCCCACUGGGACAAGGUCAAGAUCUUGCUGAACCGGAUCCGCUGGAGAAGCUCUCGACACCCUGAGCCCCCUCCUUCUGAUGGCCCUGACCCCAGGAUUGAGUCAAGGGACUUCCCUGAAAGGCCUCAGUGUCGCCCCCAGUGGAAGACCUUUAUGCCAUCAUUAGUGGUUAAGAAACAACGAGCUAAAAACCUAUCUGUCUGCUAA